CAAAAAUAAAUAUCUCGGAAAAUAAAUUUUCAAAAAUUUUAUUUUUCUCAUAAAAAAAUUAUUUCGGCUUUAUAAUUGUGCUAAACCAAAAUUAAAGAAAAAAGUAUUUUGAAAGCGCGUUGAACCGCAAAGGUUUGCAGGCAAAUGAUGAGCAAAAGUUGUUGAGGGGCUUGCAGUAGGACUUAGUAGCUUGAGCUAGAGCAGCAACAUGGGUAAGAAGGGUGGCAAGAAGGGCAAGGGAAAGAAGAAGAAGAAGACAACCAUAUUGGCACCACUGGCGGCAGCGCCCGUAGAAUGCCCGCCAUGCCCGGAGCCGCCGAAGAUGAUCCAGCCGCUGGAUCCGUGCCCCGAAUCCACCGGACCACACGACGUGCUGCGCGCCCAGCCCAAUCAUUACCCCGCCCUCCUGCGCAUACCCGAGACGAUGGCUGUGGUUGGGUCCGAGAACGGCUGCUAUGAUAGCAUCUGCAAGCUGCUGCGCGCCGGAUUUCGCUGUGCGGAGCGCGUCUUUGUGAUGGCGCCAUGGGGCAACUAUGUGGUGUUCCGAUUCCAUAACAACAACGACUUUAUCUACUUCCUCUAUGACGGCUGCACAUGCGAUGUGAAUCGCUUUCGUUAUCUGGAUCUCAGCUGCGGCACUGCUGGCUUCCUGUUCUUCACCAACAUGCAUGACGUCAUCAGCUACAUCAUACAAUCGCGCAAGACCCGCCUCUAUCUCGAGAAUCUCAACAAGAUUGCCAUCGAUCAAAUAGUCGAGGAAUACGGCGCUGUCACCUACACCCAAAAGGCCAAGUGCAUGCGCUUCUCAUAGACAGCAGCAGCAGCCACAGUCAGUGGCUAACUUGGCCAACAACAAGCAGGUGAAGACGCGCCCUUGGACCUGCAGUUCAAACUAACCUGUUAGCGCUAUGGCUUAGAAACCGUUUAAGGCAAAUAAAAAUUACUCUAAAGUAGGCUCAAAUCAAA